CCGUCGGACUCAUUACCACGUAGCGCUGUCUCAAUUUUGCCCGGCUAUCCAGAAUUAGCUUUAACAUUAUCCAGAAGUCUUUGUGGUUUAGUUCAUCUAUGCCUCUAAAAGAUCAGUCAAACUCAUCUACCAUGAAACCAGCAGUGGAUGAGAUGUUUCCUGAAGGAGCUGGUCCUUACGUCGACCUGGAUGAGGCUGGGGGAAGCACAGGACUGCUGAUGGACUUGGCUGCGAAUGAAAAGGCAGUUCAUGCAGACUUUUUCAAUGAUUUUGAAGACCUGUUUGAUGACGAUGACAUACUGUGACACAGGCCAACGUCCUCAGAGCGAUGAUGGAUCAUAUUCACGGCACCUCUCACCUUUUUUUUUUCUCCUUUACCUUUUUUUUUUUUUUUUUGCAGACGGCAAACUAGCCAUUUACUCUCUAAUGACAUACAAUUUCCUUUCAUAGUUGUCCUAGUUCUAGGCUUUUUAAAACAUCCUUAAAAAGUUGUCACUGGCUCCAGAUGUUGUGAAAUACUUAACAUCCCAGGGAUUCCUUCAUAUAUGGUAUGUUGAAAUUAGGAGCUUGUAUCGUGCUCACGCCUCGGACUUCGUCUAAACUGGAUUGCAGGUUUGUGUGCACCGAAAACACCUGUUAGGACUAGUAAUUAUAGAUAUGAUGAACAGAGCUGCACAUGCUGUCACCCUUAAACAUACUGCAGAUGGCAUGUGAUAAAUGUUCUACUGAAGUCCGCUUAAAUUAUUUGUGACAGUGUGUGUAAAUCAUAAUAACAUACAUUCUGUGUGUUUGGUUUGUAUAUCAGCUGUAUCUCCUGUUACGUCAUGGUUUUGUAUAUAUGUGUAUAGCAGUUAUCCAACAACAUUUGUAUUUUUGUGAUGGAAUUUACAUGUGAUGAUGCUCAAAAUCAAUAAAUAGCACUUUGUAUACUU